UAUACAAGUUUUCUCUUCUUGCUGUAAUUAUUACUUUCCACUAGGAAUAGCCUUUCUAAAUUAGGGUUUUAAGCAGAUCUCAGAACAUUCUGUGAUUUCUGUCAUACACAUACAUAUUAUAAGGUUGAUAUAUAUAUAUAUACAUAUAUGUAUGUCUAAUGAUGGACAAGAGUAUGUCAAAUUUGACUUCAACAUCUGGUGAAUUUAGUGCUUCUUCAGGGACUGCCACAGUACUGUACCCACAACAUUCUUUUGCUUCAACAAACCAAGCACCCACUGCAGUAAAGAAGAAGAGAAAUCUACCAGGCAACCCAGACCCGGAUGCUGAAGUGAUAGCUUUGUCGCCCAAGACACUGUUGGCGACAAACAGAUUCAUAUGUGAGAUCUGCAACAAAGGGUUCCAGAGAGACCAGAAUCUCCAGCUACACAGAAGAGGACACAAUCUGCCAUGGAAGCUAAAGCAAAGAACAAACAAGGAAGUGGCGAGGAAGAAAGUGUAUGUGUGCCCGGAGACAACAUGCGUGCACCACGACCCGUCUAGGGCACUCGGGGACCUCACGGGGAUCAAGAAACACUUUUGCAGAAAGCAUGGAGAGAAGAAAUGGAAGUGCGAAAAGUGUUCAAAGACUUACGCUGUUCAAUCUGACUGGAAAGCUCAUUCCAAAAUUUGUGGCACCAGAGAGUAUAGAUGUGACUGCGGCACCCUUUUCUCCAGGAGGGACAGUUUCAUUACUCACAGAGCUUUUUGUGAUGCCUUGGCCGAGGAGAGUGCAAGGGCAAUUAACCUGCAACCCCAGCUCCAUAGCCAUGGCUUCAAUGCCCUAUCAGUCAAAACAGCUGGAACUGAAGAUAGCAUUAAUCCACUAUGGUUAGAGUUAGACCACAGACUGUCACAAAAGCAAAACCCUAGCCAAAACAUGUCUCCAAUAGCUUCACCACACACGUCUGCAACUGCACUCUUGCAAAAAGCAGCUCAAAUGGGUGUUACCAUGAGCCAACAAUCACCUGUAGCCAUGCAAAGUCGACCUGGUUCUGGUCUGGGUUUAGCUGCAGCUAUCACCUCUGGUUUCAUGGAACAGUACUCUUCUGCUCCUCCAAAUUCUCUUCUCAAUGAAAUGCUGUGCUCUUUGCCUUCUGCAACUGGGUUUGACGGGUCUUCACCAUUUGAACAGUCUUUCGAUAGGACAUGGAACACCAAAGGUGAUGGGAAUGGGACGACAAGAGAUUUCUUGGGUCUUAAAGCAUUUCCCGAUAGAGAUCAUUUCCCCAACUUAGCCGAGCUUAAUCAUCGUUUCAACACUUCUUCUUCAACAUAUGGUCAACAAAACCAGCAUACUCAAACACCAUGGCAAGGUUAGGUUAUGGUUCUUCAGAUUUCUCAAU